UUUCAUAAAGUGAGAGAAUCCUGUGCGACGAUUUGGUAUGAUAAAAGGGCGAAUGGAAAAAACAUUUCUUGUUUCUGUCUCUGUCUUCAAAUGUGAAGACUUAGCUUCAAGAUGCACACAAAGAACAACCAACUUUCUGUUAUCUCUAUCGGCCUUACCGCCCCCCCCCCGCCGUUUGCGUUAUUUGCUCUUUGAAUGUGUCAGAGGAACUAAUCAUUUCAUUAAUUUGCGGUAGACUGUUCUGAGGAGAAUGUUAAGUAGUGUUUGACAUAUAAUGUAGGUACUUACAUUGAAACUGAUAUCUGUGGUCAUGGUUUUUAUUUGUAUGUUUUAUGAAUAAGUAGUCUGUCUUUCUGUGUGUAUGGAAUCGUUGGUAAAAAGGCUGUUCGUUAAAUAUCUUUUUGCAUCAAUGCAGAAAUUUAAUUUUGAAUUAUGUAUUGUCGCAACUGAAAAAUUUUCUGUUGGUAAAGAGAUUCUUUCAAUUUAGUCUUCUUUUAAAAAAAAACCUACCUUAUAUUGUAACUUUUUCUUGACAUUUUAGCGUCUUUCAUAUAGUACUGUCAUAAAAGUAAGAAAAAAAGUCUAGAUACUUUUCUGGGUUUGCGUAGCCAUGACUGUUGUCAUGCGUUUUGAGUGAUGAGUGCUUUGUAGUGUGUGUUUGCGAUUUAAUUUGUGGCUUAUCAUCGAAGCUAGCUUCCGGAUGUGUAAAUUUAACUUCAGACUGACCGAUAUUUAGGAGAUUAUAGCUUUCUGGUAUUUCAAGACUUCUCCUAAGCAUGUUAUAAAAAUAUUUUGGAAUAUGAUGAAAAUAAAAGAUUGUAAAUUGAAAGCUCUGAAAGUUGAAAUUUGUAUUUCUCCAGCAUGUCUUGCAUAUGGCUGUGAUAUUAACUGACCUUUUCAUUAUCUUGCUGUUUCGUAUUAGAAGUAUGUUUUCUACUUGUAUAUUUCUGUAGAAAUGUACCUAGCUGUAGCAUGUCUGCAGAAAAAAUGGAGUUACGUGACCAUCCUUAUACAAAAAGGGAAAGUAAUGAAAAUCAGUGCAUGAAGUUAUUGUCUACUGAUGCUACAUUUGCACCUUCCAGUAGUUUUUCUGAUGAAUCUCUAGGAUCUCAAGUUAGAAAUGUUGAAAGAAAUGAUUCCCAGUGGUCAAGCAGUACUAAAGUUCAUACUUUAAGUGGUCUCUAUUCUGUGGUAUUAUCAGUGUUUGUUGGUAUUUCUGUUUUCACUGAGCUUCUUCAUGGUCCAGUACCUCUGUUCUAUAUACAUGUUUAUCUUUUUCUGUAUUUAUUUGGCAUUAGUAUACUAUUAUUAUGCAUCAGUUUCGCAAGUUGGUUUAAAAGCAAGUAUUUACAAACUGCUGAAACUACUGUGAAAGUGCAGACUUGUGGAUAUGCAUUAUCUGCAAAAGGUUUUUGCUUUGGGAUCACCAAUUUAUAUUUGAAGCUUGGAAUAGUUGUUUUUGGCGUGGGAUUUUUUGUAUCUACUUGCUUGGAGAUUGCUGCUAUUUUUACAUCAUCUACACAAUGUAUGAGUGUUGUGAGUGCAAUUGUUCCUGUUUUCCGCUGUCUUUUUAUCAUCUUACUUACUAUCUGUCUGGUUUCAAAUCCCAAAGAAUUGUUUGGAAGUUAUGGAUGUUUUCGUCAUCUUGUCGUUAUGCAUAUUACGGCUACUGUUGCUGCUGUUUGGAUCCAAAUAUUUCUCUGGGAAAGCAACAAAGAUUGGCAAGACGCUUUGCAUUUUAAGCAUAACUCAAGUUCUUUGUGGGAACAAAAUGAAAUAAAUAUAUCUGUGCAUUCUUUGGAUUCUGAUGCUAAUUCCAUGGAUAUGAACAAACAUUUGCCUCUUCAUACUGUCCACUUUACAUCCAAUUGUUGGUGGAGAACAUCUGAAUAUCAAGAAGUGAUUGAUACUGUUGCUAUCCAAAUGUGCCUUUUAAAUUCUACUGUUGGAAAUAUAUCUGAGAAAGCAGCUACAUUUUUGUAUCCAUUUACAUCUCAGUAUUGUUUUGUAGUAGUAUGUGUCUUAUAUUUAAUAUGGGAAGAGUCUAGGCCUGAUACAAAGAAAUGCAGUUUUACAUCAUAUGUUCCAUAUGAUAGGGACAACAAUGGAAUCUGCAAUCGAUCAACUAAAGGUCUCUUUUGUGGAUUCCUCAUUCUUGUAUCAAGCAUAAUAAUUACAAUUAUGUUUUUAACAUCCAGAAAUAUGAACUAUAUUGUUCUUAGAAGUAUAUAUUGUAUAAUAUUUAUAUUAUCAUUUUGUGCUUCAAUUUUGGGUCUUACUCAGGUUAAAAGGAUGUCUGUAAGUAAGUGUAAUUGUAGAACUCGGUUUAUAAAACUCUUCCAAACUUCUGGAAUAAUUUCAGUUUAUAUAUAUGGCUCUUGCAAUAUAAUUGUUGGGGCAUUAUCUGAUGACACUAUAAGCAUUCUUAUUUCAUGUGAAGCUAUACUUAUGAUGCUACAUGCUAGUACACAGUAUGUGUUUAUUUUUGAAGUAUCGAGAAAAAGAAUAGAUAAUUCAAAUAUGUAUGUAAAGCCAGGCAGGCAAGUAGUUUUCUUUCUUGCAUUUUGUAAUAUUUCUUUGUGGUUGCUGGACUGCUUUAUUUUGUGGAAUCAUGCAAAAAGUGACUUGCAAGUGAAAUUUUAUGGAAACAUUGCAUGGCCUAUAAUGAUGCGAUUGGUUAUCCCUUUCUUGGUAUAUUUUAGAUUUUAUUCUGCCUCUGUUCUUCUGCAGGCAUGGAUCGUAUCUUACUGAUAACCUUAAAUGGAAUGAAACAUUUAUAAGACAGGACGGAGUUUUCUUCAAGAUAAUAAUUAAAGGCUACUUAAUGCUUCUGCCUGUGAGAUAGUUAAUCAUUAACGUUACUAAGCCUCAUCUUAAAGUAUAUGCUGAAAAUCUGAAUAACCACUUAUGAAUAAACUUCUAAAGCUCUCGUGUUCUGUAUAAUGAGAAGGCGAGUAACCAAUGUGAGCGAUGUGAAGAAAGACAACAGACAGACUGUUUCAUGUACCAUUAUGCAUAAUUGUAUAAUAGCUCAUUCUGUUAAAAAACCAUCAAUUCUGUCAAAUAACCAUUAAUUAUAAAUGUUAUUAAAUGCCAUUUAAGGUCAUCUAAAAACAGUGGUUCGUUCUUUUCUGACAGGCAUUAUGAUACAAAUCAGUAACAGCACAUAAUCCAAGGUUUUUAAUUUUAAUCCAGUUACUAAAUUUUGUAAUAUACAGAUGAUGUUUACAUAAAGUAACUUUUUCUGAAACUUAUGAAGGUAUUAGUUUUUGUUUGAAGAAUCUUUGAAAUUAUUGUAUUUGCCAGUGACUCUUUAAGUAUUAUUAUUUAUCAUAGCUAUACCUAAUUCCGUGUUAAAAGCCGUCAUAAAUUUUAAAGUAGCUAAGAAAGAAGAGGGCAAGUAUAAAUUGAACAGAUCAAAAUGCAAAUUUGUAAAAGAAUUUAAUCCUUGCAAAUUAACCCUCUGAGCGGCACAGGAUUUUAGAUCCAUGAUGAAGACCGGUAUUUAAACAGCAUGUAUUAAUUGAGUUUGUAUAAUUAC